CAAACCUUAAGGCAAAGCAGAUAAUGGCAUGUACCUGUAUGCAUUCAAGUUUAGUAGGUACUGCCCCGCUUUUGCACUAUACCUAGUAUUUAGUACCUAGUACUUAAGUACUUAUAAGUGAUAAAUCAGGUCGUCUAAGGCCUCACUCCCACUGGAUCUCUCUUCGCUGCCUAUACUGAGCUUAACUCAUUCCCUAGUAUAAACUCUAGUCUUAUUUGUAUAUACGCUCAGUUGAAGAUAAUCUGAUAUAUUCAUACUUGCCUAGCCUAGGUAUUUGUUCGUAUUUUUCACCUGGGUAAUAAUCAUUAAUCCUCUCCUCGCUCACGAUGGCCAGCACUACCCUAAGAGCCGUAUUACUCAUCGUUUCUACAACAGCAGCCAAAGACCCUUCAACAGAUGCUUCUCAAGCUGUCUUAAGUGAUGUACUCGAGGAAGAAGGUGGUGGUCACUGGGAGUUGGUUGAUACCAAAAUUGUCCCUGAUGUUGCCACUCAGAUCCAAAGACAGAUCAUGUUAUGGACCGACGUUGCGGCGGACACCAUCAACCUCAUCCUGACUACAGGGGGCACUGGCUUUGCAGUAGCAGACAACACUCCAGAGGCUGUCUCAGCUUUACUCCAUAAGCCUGCACCUGGCAUAGUACACGGCAUGUUGACGGCCUCUUUGAAUGUUACCCCUUUCGCCAUGAUGUCUCGCCCAGUGGCUGGUGUCAGAAAUAAGUCUCUCAUCAUUACACUUCCAGGUUCUCCAAAAGGGGCUCGGGAAAACUUACAGGCAGUCUUAAAAACAUUACCACACGCAUGUAUCCAAGCUGCUGGUAUGGAUUCGAGAUCGUUACACGUUGGAGGGGUGAGAAGACUUGAAGCAGAAGCUGGUAUAAGAUCGGAGCCCGGGCACUUUCAUACUCACGACCACCACCAUAGCCACGGAAGUACUCAUCAGCAUAGUCAUAGCCAUGGUCAUAGUCACGGCCACGGUCAUGGCAGUCUAGUAAGAUAUACAGCGCCUAGCUCAAACCCCAUGUCUAACGACCCGAGCCUCGGCCCGAGUCGGAGGAACAGAGAGUCCCCCUUUCCGAUGCUAUCGGUUGACGAUGCUUUGAAUAAGAUAAAGGAGCAUACACCGUCACCAGAAAUCACCACCUCCUUGGUUGACAGAUCAUUGCCUGGCCACGUUCUAGCUGAAGAUGUCCAAGCGAGGGAAAACGUGCCCGCUUUUCGAGCUAGUAUUGUCGAUGGCUACGCCGUUGUCGUGCCCAAGGACGGAAACAUGAAGGGAGUCUUCCCUGUUGUCUCCGUGUCCCACGCCUCCCCAGGCGAAGUUAAACCCUUGAAAGAGGGUGAAAUUGCUAGGAUAACCACCGGAGCUCCACUUCCACCAGGGGCUACGUCCGUCAUCAUGGUGGAAGAUACGAUACUAAAGACUAUGACCGAGGACGGCAAAGAAGAAAAGGAGGUGGAGAUUCUUGCGGCCAAUGUGCGGGAGGGAGAGAACAUCCGCGAGGUCGGCAGCGAUAUCAAGGCCAAGUCCAGUAUUCUCAGCAAAGGCGAGCAGAUCUCCGCCGUGGGAGGCGAAAUUGGUCUCCUCGCCGCCGUCGGUGUUGCCUCUGUAAAAACAUACCGCAAGCCCGUCAUAGGCGUGCUAUCGACUGGCGACGAGAUCGUCCAACACGACCGACCCGGCGACCUACGGCUAGGCGAAGUGCGUGACACCAACCGCAUCACGCUGAUGUGCGCGGCGAAGGAAUGCGGCUACGAAGUCCAUGAUCUCGGCAUCGCGGCGGACAAACCAGGUACGCUGGAGGAGACGCUGCGAGAGGCGUUGCGGCGCGUCGACUUCGUCAUCACUACAGGGGGAGUCUCGAUGGGCGAGCUCGACCUCCUAAAACCGACGAUCGAGCGAUCGCUCGGGGGCACGAUCCACUUUGGCCGCGUGGCCAUGAAGCCCGGAAAACCGACGACUUUCGCGACCGUGCCCGUCAAGAACAACGCCGGCGCCCGCGUCACCAAGGUCGUCUUCUCGCUGCCCGGUAACCCGGCCUCCGCCAUCGUCACCUUCCACCUCUUCGUCCUCCCUUCCCUUCUCCAGAUGUCUGGGAUCACUCCCGCUAGUUUAACGAAGGUCUCCGUUACGCUCGCGCACGACUUCGCGCUGGACAAGUCGAGGCCAGAGUACCACCGCGCUAUCGUCUCGGUCGGAAGCAGUGGGGUUCUAGUGGCGACGAGCACGGGGGGGCAGAGGAGUUCGAGGGUGGGAAGUCUGAGGGGCGCGAAUUGCUUGUUGUGUUUGCCGAGCGGGACGGAACCGCUGAGGAAGGGGGCGAAGGUCGAUGCGCUGCUUAUGGGUGGGAUUAGGGGUAAGUUGUAGGGCUGAGUUGGUUUUUGGGAGGUCGUUUCAACUACGAUAUUCUACUUGUACAGAAGUUGUAUGUGAAGGAGGGGAGUAUAAAGUAGGGAAACACCUAGUCACCUUGUAAUGAGUUUCGAUGUUGAUGAUGAACAUGCACACUGUAAUGUAUUAGGCAGGUACCUAUCUACUUGGUUAUAAAAAGAGGUUAAGCGCAG